AGCGCUUCUGUAGUCGCGUGUCUCACUUCAGCAGAGGACACUGCUUUGGUGGAGCUGGUGAGACGCACCCACAAUGGUUUCCCCGGUGCUCCUCUUGUUCUCGGCUUUCCUCUGCCACGUUGCCAUUGCAGGACGGACCUGUCCCCAGCCAGAUGAAGUACCAUUUGCUGUGGUUGUUCCGUUAAAAACGUUCUAUGACCCAGGGGAGCAGAUUGUCUACUCCUGCAAGCCAGGCUAUGUGUCCCGGGGAGGCAUGAGACGAUUUACAUGUCCUCUCACCGGAAUGUGGCCCAUCAACACCCUGAAAUGUACACCCAGAGUGUGUCCUUUUGCUGGAAUCUUAGAAAACGGAGUUGUACGCUAUACGACUUUUGAAUAUCCCAACACCAUCAGUUUUACUUGUAACCCUGGGUUUUAUCUGAAUGGAACCAAGUCUGCUAAGUGCACCGAGGAGGGAAGAUGGAGCCCAGAGCUUCCUGUCUGUGCUCCUGUCACCUGCCCACCACCAGAGGCUCCUAAGUUUGCAACCCUGAAGAUGUACCAGGCAUCACCUGGGAACACCUCUCUCUAUCGGGACAUUGCAGUCUUUGAAUGCUUGCCACACCAUGCCAUGUUUGGAAACGACACAGUUACGUGCACAGCCUACGGAAACUGGACCGAAUUGCCAGAAUGCAGGGGUAAGUGGCCAGACAAUGGGUUCGUGAAUUACCCUGCAAAGUCCGUGCUUCAUUAUCAGGAUAAAGCCACAUUUGGUUGCCAUGACACAUACAGUCUGGAUGGCCCAGAGGAAGUGGAAUGCACCAAGAUGGGAACCUGGUCCGCCCAGCCAAGCUGUAAAGCAUCUUGCAAAGUAUCUGUUAAGAAGGCCACAGUGCUGUACCAAGGAGAGAGAGUGAAGAUCCAGGAACAAUUUAAGGACGGAAUGAAGCAUGGUGACAAGGUCUCUUUCUUCUGCAAAAAUAAGGAGAAGAAGUGCAGCUAUACCGAAGAAACUCAGUGCAUUGACGGCACCCUCGAAAUCCCCAAGUGUUUCAAGGAGCACAGUUCUCUGGCUUUCUGGAAAACGGAUGCUUGGGACGUGAAGCCAUGCUGAAGUCAUUUUCAGAAACAAAAUUGGAUGUCAUAUUUGUAUCUCUGCUUGUCUGAGGACUCCACCUGAAAGAGCAAAAUAAAGUCACUGAAUUGCCUCAGUCAUUACCAUGUGA